AUGUCGGAAAGUGACGAAUCUUCAAGGGAGGAAUUGGCAACGAACAGUGUUUCGAAUAGUGCUUCAUCUGCUGUUGGUUAUCUACAUGUGAAAAUGCCCCAAACAAUUCUCUCAAAACGACAAAGACCAGGCAUAAACUAUUCAAAUCAGCAACAACACAAAAAUCCAUCAUCAGACCCAUCACAAUUUAACAUUGUAGACGAAACAGACAAGACAACACUCGAUGUCAAUAAGAAACUAAGAAAGAAGCGAAAGAAAAAUCUACCUCCAUUCCUUUCGAAUACAUGUCAACAACAAAAAUCAUCAACACCAAACAGCAGCAACGACAAUUUAAAUAAUGGUAAUAAUAAUGAAGAGGAAAUUUUGGAUUCAAUCGAAGAUAUCGAUCCUUCCAUCAAGGUCUAUGCAUUCGAAAAACCACUAAUGACAAGCGCUACCAAUUUUAAAGAUAAUUACUUCAUACUGACACCUGUCGUGAACAAUACUACAUCUAGCACAUCUAAUAAUGCUACUGUUAAUUCUACAACUCAACAUGUUUCCUCUCCAUCAAGAAAAUCUCAAAAUCAAACUAUCUCAACUAAUCCGCACCGAAAAAAUUCUAGACGAAAAUGUUCGUCUUCCUCCUCUUCAAACUCUUCCAAUAACAAUAAUACUUCAGCAGCAUUACUUUCGAAUAAUAAUCUGUCUAGUACUACUCCACAUGUUGUAAAUUCGACAAGUGCUGUACAUGUUCAUAACGCUAGGAAAUCGAGUCAACAACAACAACAAGUAUCACAUGUGAUUAUUGAGUAUCCACAACAACAUCAACAACAACAACUUGCAAAUCAACAACAGUGUGAAUUAGGUGGAUAUGAGAAUGGUAAUACGGUGUUCAAGUUUGGUAAUUCCUCAUCUGUUCGUGAAGUUUCUGGCAUGGAUAAAUUGACUGAGAAUCCCCUUAAUGAUUUUUUACAACUACAAUCCUCGUUGAAUAGUAAUAAUGCGGGUAAUAGUGGUGUGUCUUCGGCAGUUGCCUUGCUAGCAUCAGUAUUGGCCAAUAACCAAGUUUCGAAUAAUGAUUCGAAUGGUUCAUCUAUGGCUUUUGAUUACGAUUCCAUGAUAUCCAUGUUGGAUAAAUUGCUUUGCAGGCAACCAAACAUGUCAUCUUCAUCUGGUGCAUCUUCAUCUGAUAACAUGUUAUACAACAUGCACAAUAAUAACACAACUAGUCCAACAAGUUUAGUUUCAAAUACUAAUCCUUCAAAUCUAUUCAUGACAAGUGGCAACAACAUGCAACAUGGUACCUCCUCCACAACAUCCCAAAAUCAACUCAAUAAUUUAUCCCUUCAACUCAUUUCACAAAUUGUUGAACUCUUAAUUCAACGAUAUCAACAACAAUUACAAAGCGUAUUAAGCCAAAAUCAAAUAUCGAAUUCUUCAUCAUUGAAUAAUUCUCCAAUUUCCAAUCCAACCUCCAAUUUUGUACAACAUUUAUUUAAUCAAGAUCCUCAAGUUUCGAAUAUUUCGACGAACCUAUCUCAAUAUAUAAUGAAUGCUCGAUUUCCAUCCAAUGAUGAUUCGAAUAAUCAAUUGCCACAAAUGGUAGAUCAGCAACAACUGAAUCAGACAUCCAUGCAACCAAAUAAUGUUUCGUCCUCCUCAAACGAAACAAUUUCACAACAAGACAUUCUAAGGUUUAUUCUCCAAAAUCAACAUCUUCUCUUUCCAAAUUCGAAUAAUCAAUCAAAUAAUCAAUAAAUUGAAAGUUUGAAACUCUUCUC